AUGGCCAUAUUCAGACCCUUCUUGUUCCUUGCGACCGUUGUCGUUGCAUUUUUAGUCAUUAUGGGCGAAGCCCCUAAGCCCAUUCCUGAGUAUCUCAAAUAUACCACGGUCACAGGAUAUUUCCAACAAGAUGACCCGGCUACCGAUGAUCGGAAUUUUGAUUAUACAACGACAAACUUCGGUCUCAUCGACAGAAACUAUGAUAAGGACUCUGAACUCGAUUCUAGAAAUAAAAAAUCCCAAUGGCAACGAUUUGAACGGGCUGUAACUCGGUUGAACCGCGAAAGUGAUCCGAAGACUCAAUACAAAGUACUCUACUUGGGUCGCCAUGGCGAAGGGUACCAUAAUGUAGCUGAAGCAUGGUACGGUACACACGAUUGGGACUGUUACUGGUCCCUCCAAGACGGCAAUGGCACCACAACCUGGGCCGACGCACAUCUCACGUCCGAAGGGAUCGCUCAGGCAGAGAAAGCCAAUACAUUCUGGCGCUCUCAGAUCUCGUCGCAGCAAAUACCCACUCCACAAUCAUAUUACGCAAGCCCCUUGAUGCGAUGUCUAGCCACAGCCGAUAUCACGUUCUCCGGUCUAGAUCUGCCUCCCUCCCGACCAUUUAUACCCCUAAUCAGAGAACUGGUUAGGGAGGCAAUCGGAGCGCAUACAUGUGAUCGUCGGAGUAGCAAAACGUAUAUUCAUGAGCAAUAUCCAGAUUGGCCAUUCGAGCAAGGUUUUGCCGAAAAUGACCCUCUAUGGGAUCCGGAGCUAAGAGAGACGAAUGUUGCGAUGGAUAUCAGGCUUAGGCAGGCAUUUGAUGAGAUAUUUUCCAGUGAUGAGAAUACUUAUGUCAGUAUAUCUAGCCACUCGGGGGCAAUAGGAUCCAUGCUAAGAGUUAUUGGGCAUCGAGAAUUUUCCUUGGGUACGGGACAAGUGAUACCGGUUUUGGUCAAGGCGGAAUGGGUGGAGGGUGAAGGUCCAUCGCGGGAAAAGGGGCCUUAUACUAGGGUCGAUAGGUGCGACCGCCCGGCUACUCCUAACUUGGUCAAAUGA